AUGCUUCGCAUUGCGCCUAAUUCGCCAAUUAGCGCAAUUUUAGGCGCACUAGGCGUUAUAUUGUAUCAUUACCAGCAGUUUACGUCAGUAUCGGAAACGACCCUGGGUGGGGAAAAAGGAAGGAAUCGGUUUCCGGAAAAAGUGUGCGUGUGA